GACAAUUUAGUUCACACAAGUAUUGAUGUUUUCAUAACGAAUGGUUCAUAUUCGUGGGAAUAUAAUUAAAAUGUAAAUGUGGGAAAAAUCAACAGGUUUGUAAUUGGGGGCAUAAUGGUGCAUUGUUUGUCCAACACAUUAGCCUGAAUAUUUCCAUUCAUAAGGCAUUAAAUGUUUUCCAAGGUAUUAAAAGUAAUUCGAAUUACAAAAUAUGUUACCAAAUCAUGUGGAUUUGAUAAUUUAUAAGAAUAGGGAAGCAUUGAUCAAACAAAUUAUUAUUAGUGUUAUUUCUAAUAUCUCGAGAUUCCGAUUAAGGCUAUUAAUAUUUAACUUGUAUAAAUACCAUAUGUUUUGUUUAAUAAGAAAUAAAAUCCUUGCUUUCCCCUUGUAUUGUAAAGUGUGCAAUGCUGAAGCGCAAGUUGGAAUCGGAGUGACAUCUAGCCUACAGGUCCGUGACGUGUUUGAAACCUUCCAAGACAACAUAACCAAGUCCGUUGGGGAUGACGUUGAUUUCAAGUUCCUGUUUUUUUACAAUUCACAACUAUUUGAAGCAGCCACUGAGAUAAAGAAUACCGACCCGAAGGCUUUUCAGAGCGUUGUGUUGGAAGUAAAUACAAGACUGAAAAAUAUAUAUACAGUACCGUCUAAUUUGAUAGCUUUGAUCUUUACCGACGCAAAAUCUGCAGCCGGUGGGCUCUCGUCUGAUGUUUUCAAGAGUCGAAGUGAGUACAUUGAAUUCGUGGUGUUUGGAAUCGGGCAGUUCAAUGCAUCGGUCAUAGCUGAUAUGAAGAAACUAACUAGAAACAAACCAAAGAGUUUGAUUAUGGUGGAUAGCAUAGAUGAUGUAGACUACGAUAGGAGUAUCGCUUAUCUUGGUAACGCUGUGUGUGACGCGGUGACCAGACCACCUGUUCUUGACAUUCGUACCAACAUAACUAGGAUUUGUGACGAUCUACCUAAGGAUAAACGCUUUGGUGUUGACGCUCAGAAUGAGAGGUAUCCUUUCGACUGUGAGAAGUUUAUCAACUGUAUACGCUUCGGAACGACAUUGAAAGUUAAUGUUAUAUCGUGUCCAAGUACGGCUAGGUUCAAUACAGUCACACGGAAAUGUGACAUGAGUCAAGAUGUAGAAUGCAAGGAAGUCACAGCGGAGAAAUACGCUCUAGAAAUCGGGAAAAUCGUCGACCCUCCGACUCCUAAAGUGGUAAACUUAACUGAGGAAUGCAUACACAAUUGUUUUAAGUCGGAGGAUUUGACUGACAACUAUGGAUAUACUUACCAUCCAACCAACUGUUCAAAGUUUAUAGUCUGUCAUCGCCAGGGAUUCGCUAACCCGGGGUAUACGUACACUACCAAGGUAGCGGAAUGUCCUUUAGGCCAAUUCUGGAACGCUCAGAGAAAAAUAUGUGUCCCUUCACAUCUUGCAAACUGUGCAGAAGAUUUGUGUAAAAUGAAAUCCAUGUUUUCGUUCUGGAAUGUCCAAAACUGUAGACAUUUCUACACCUGUGACAGCGGGAAGUCCCGACUUGAUAAGUGUGCCGAGGGGAAGAAGUUUCAGUUAAAUGGCCACUGUGUUGACGAUCCUCUCCGGGCCUGCGCAGAUCCGAUUGUGCAACCAGAGAAACUGUGCUACAACCUGCCUUGGACCGAUAGUACAAUGUACAUCGAUCGUACUAUUGGUAAUAACGGUCAACUGACAGCAUGUCCUCUGGGGAAACAGUAUGAGCACCACACAUGCUCCUGCAGCAAGAACUACAUCAUUGGAUCUUGCCAGCCAGUAUCAUCUAAAACCAUGGACGGUGUCAUGUCAAUUAACAAUGUCUUCAUGCGAGGUGGAGUAGCUUCAUUCUUUGGACUUGGCUUAUUGACGAUGCCUCAGCCGUCCCCACUUACCGACACUUUCCUGAUCCACGUUAUACUAGGCGUGUCCAAGUCAAACCAGGACACAGUGAUAUUGAGUAGUUGUCCUGAUCCGGACACGUCCGCAUUUACUCUCCGUUUGAUCGAUGACCAACUUAUUGCAACUGUGCAAUUAAGCAGUGGUGCAGCUACUUUGUCAUCUAGUAUACAGUUUGACACAUGGAAUCAUGUGAAUGUUGCCUACAAUGGGCAGCAGAUGGUACUGAAAACAGACUUCGCCAAGGAUCAAGUCCUAGCCACUGGUCCGAUCAAAGGCUGUCAGAACUCCUAUGUGCUUGGUUCCGAUGAUGGAUUCUAUGGGGAUGUAGAUGAGAUUAUUAUCUACGACUGUAUCCCGGACAAGUCUCUCUCUGUGUUCAAUUAGCAAACAUAAUUUGAGGCAGAAGCAGUACCUUGAGCUAUUAAUUAUUUGUUUGUUUUUAAUGCGUGUUUUAUGUGUCAAAUGUACAAAUUGAUAGCAUCUAGCAAAGAGUGUUAUUCGUUCAUUUGGCUGUGAGUACCACAAGUGCCAUAUGUCAACGAUACAAGUCAGUAAUGUAUCAUUACGAGAUUACAUGGUUUGAUACAAGUAAGACAAUAUAUAUUGUAAUGAAAUGCAUGAUGCUCCUGAGGUAGAAUUCAAAUACCACAUGACUUUUUGGUGCAUUAUCAGACAAAAUGUAUUUUGUAUUUUAAUAUCUUAUUAAUUAUUUUCUUUCUAUUCAUGCAUGUAUAUGAUUCACAAUUUUCAUUCAGAAAGAUUUUCAUGUUUGAUACAAUUUUUAAUGUUGAUAAGUUUUUGUAGCGGGCAGAGAUGUCCCUGAAUAGAAUCAGCGGAAUGAAAUCCAACAAGUACUUUAGGUCAGAAAUGACAUUUUUUAUCCUCUCAUUCAAUAUGUUUAUCGUCUAUAUCAUUUUGAAUUCCAAUAAACAUGUAACAUAUCAA